GGCUGGGGCGGGGCAUGAUGUGGCGCUUCGGGGCUUGAGCUCAGCUUGCUACGGGCGGCUGCCACGGCAGAUUCCGGCAGUAUGUCGGCCCCGUUCGAGGAGCGCAGUGGGGUAGUUCCGUGCGGGACGCCGUGGGGCCAGUGGUACCAGACUUUGGAGGAGGUGUUCAUUGAAGUUCAGGUGCCGCCAGGCACUCGCGCCCAGGAUAUCCAGUGCGGCCUGCAGAGCAGGCAUGUGGCGCUGGCGGUGGGUGGCCGCGAAAUCCUCAAGGGAAAACUCUUUGAUUCUACAAUAGCUGAUGAGGGAACGUGGACUUUGGAGGACAGAAAAAUGGUUCGUAUUGUUCUUACAAAGACAAAGAGAGAUGCAGCAAAUUGUUGGACUUCUCUUCUAGAAUCUGAAUAUGCAGCUGAUCCUUGGGUGCAAGACCAAAUGCAGAGAAAACUUACAUUAGAAAGAUUCCAAAAAGAAAAUCCUGGUUUUGACUUCAGUGGAGCAGAAAUCUCAGGAAACUAUACUAAAGGUGGACCAGAUUUCUCAAAUCUUGAGAAAUAACCUCUUUUUUUGCUGCAUGCUAUGGAUCCUAGUGGAUGUUGCCAGCUUGGUCAAAAGAACAGAUUAUGUGGUGGAGGAAAAAUGUGGAUGCCGACAGUUAACAGAUUGCAAAAUAUAUUUAAUUAUGGUUCUAAAAAUUGCAUUCAAAUAUGUUUUACAUAGGACACAUCUUAAAUACUGUGGGGAUUAUUCUAUUGAUAUAUGGUAACUUAAUUGAACUUGUUUUUGCUCAGCAUGAAGUUUUAUAUGCUGCAUUUUACUAAUUUCAUAUUUAACCUGUAUUUUUAAUACAGAAAAAAAUAUUAGGGUAUAAAUCAUGUGACUGACGGGGUGCCUUCAGGGAAAAUGAAGUUUUUUUUUUUUCCCAAUAAGUGUGAUGCAGGAAUAAUGUUCAAUAAACUUUUCUAAAUAGGAAUUGUGUACCCCUUUGUCCAAGUAUACUAGUUCACACACAGAAAUUAUAUUACUGAAAAAAUUUUUUAAGAAAGGAAAAAAACAAUCCACAAAUACAUUCUGAGUAAGUUAAUUUUGAGUUAAUUAAAGUUUCUGAAUUAGUAUAUUAUUUCUUGAGAGAUGACUUUAUGUCAAAAAAUUGAAAAAUAAUUAAAAACCUAACAGUAGUAAUGGAUUUAAUACAAAAGAGA